UGGGUGUGAGACUCGGAGUCGAUAGAGAGAGAAAGAGAGUAUUUCUCUAAUUAUAUUUACUUUCACUCGGACAGAACUAGAAGCGUUUUGUUCAGACAAAGCCGAAGUGAGAAGGGGAAAGAAAAGCUUUUCACUUUGGUUUUCACAGAAUCUGCAAAAACCCAAAUCAGAGAGACUUAAAUUCUAGGGAUGAGCAGAGCAGAGCAGAGGAAAGAGAAAGCUAAAGAACGCGGCGGCGUGGCAGAAAUCUAUUGAGAAAAACAAAGAUCAUACACAGACCCAGCUUAAAUUCUUCUUUCUUAAUUCUCUUUUAUUUCUUUCUUCUUCUUACUUUCUCCCACUUCAACUACUCAUUACUUUUUACCAAAAAAAAAAACUACUCAUUACCAAGAAUCACACUUUGCUCCAAGAGAGAUAAAUUAGGGUUUAGAUUCUAACAGCUUUAGUGAGAAAAAGCUGAACUUUAGUGAGAAAGAGAAGUAAAUAGGAAAAGGAUUUCAUGGUAAUUAGGGUUUUUGAAUUAUGGAUAUUGUUUGGUCAAGAUUAGGGUUUGAAGUGUUAGGUCUUAGGAAAUGGCUGGGAUGUUUUCACUAGGAGGAAACAACGGAGACCAAGAAGAAGGAAAUCAACAACAACAAAAGACAAACUGGGUUUGGUAUAGAUCAAACACAAACACCAAUAAUAUUAACCCAAGCUCGAGCGUAUGGCAGAUUCCACCAGAGCAACAGAUUCUCAUGCACCACCAUCAACCACAUCCACAACAACAAAGCAUAGAUCUUGAUCCAGGUCAUCAGAUAGACGUCUCUGAUAUAUCCACAUCAUCAAGAUCCAUCACCAUAAGCUGUCGGGACUGUGGAAACCAAGCCAAGAAAGAUUGCACUCACCUGCGUUGCAGAACUUGCUGUAAGAGCCGCGGCUUCGAUUGUUCCACUCACGUUAGGAGCACGUGGAUUCCCGUUGCGAGACGCCGCGAGAGACAACAGCAGCUUCAUAUGUCAACAUCUGGAGGCGGAGGCCGUGGUGGUAGCGGCGGUUCGAGUAUCCCUAAACGUCAUAGGGAUACAACUCUUCCGGAAACAUCCUCCUCUCGCUUACCAUCCGACUCAGCAGGGUUAGAAAUGGGGAAGGCGAGUUUUCCACCCGAAGUGAGCUCUGAUGCGCUUUUCCGGUGUGUAAAAAUGAGCGGCGUAGACGAAGGAGGGGAUGGUCAAUACGCUUAUCAAACGACGGUGAACAUCGGAGGUCAUCUCUUCAAAGGAAUUCUAUAUGACCAAGGCCCUGAAAGCAGCUACAUGAGUGGUGGCAGUGGCGGAAGCGAUCAUCAUAGCUCUUCUGCAGGAGGUGGAAAUACGUCUAAUACUCCAGCUAUAGCAGACGGUGGAAGAGGAGGAUCCUCGGCGAUGUUUGUAGAUCCUAAUUCUGGUAGUUACUAUUCAAGUAACAUGAUGACGAUGUUCGUGCCACCAGGUACGCAAUUCUAUCAAAACCCACCAAGAUCUUGAUUAAAUCAAGAACUCCAGUUUUUAAUAUAAUAUAUUGAAAUUUUAAUAUAAUAUAUUGAAACUAUAUAUGUAAUGUGUGUUUUGAGUGUUUUUUCAUCAGCCCUAUGUAAUAGAUGGACGACUUUUCAUAUCGUAUCAACAUAUGCAUGUUUGUUUGUCUUGUAAUAUGUGUUUAAUUUUAUGCUUCUUGUACGGUAAUGAAUAAUUAUCAUAAAUAUUAUUGGUGGUUU